GUAAAUUGUGGAGGGUGCAUUUUUUGCAAACAGGGACGCAGGCAUAUUUUUCGACAUAAUAAUAGACAAUCGCCGAUUUUCUCCAUUCCAUCAUGACACUUUACGCUUGGGGCGCCAACUGCUUCGGCCAACUAGGCUUAGGCCAUAAGUCGGAGCAAGAAAUCAGUCCGCAAAAAGUGAAUCUGCGAGGAAGCGAUCUAAGUGCCGAAGAUAUUGUGUCGAUAUCAGCUGGCGUGGCGCAUAGUCUCAUUUUGGACACAAAGGGUCGUGUUUUCUCUUGUGGGUCGAAUUGCAGCGGCCGACUUGGACUCUUGGAUGAUACUUUCAAGUUUACCCAAAUAGAAAUCUUGGAAAAAUUUAAAAUUGUGCAAAUAUCGUGCGGUUCCGAUUUUAAUGCUGCCGUGUCCGAAUGUGGUAAGCAAUUCGUGUGGGGCAGCAACAGCUCCAAUCAAUUGGGAAUUUCGUCAAAUAUAACUUCUACUGCAAUCCCUACGAAGUUGCAAGUUCCUCGGAAAUUGGCCGCUGGUCUCAAAAACGUCAGCUGCGGCUGGGGGCACUCAGUUAUAAUAUCUAAAGAAGGAUGCCUUUUAGUUUCAGGCGACGGAACCGAAGGCCAAUUAGGCUUGGGCGAGAAUUCCAAUGAUAAUAACAAUAUAAUUAUGAGAAAAGUACCCCAUAUUGGAAACAUUAUUAGUGUGGCUACUGGGCAUCAUCAUACUUUGGCCUUGAAAGAUGAUGGCGCUGUGCUUAGUUGGGGUGAAAACCAGCAUGGCGAAUUGGGAUUCGAUCGUGAUGAUUUGCCCAGAAGUUAUGUUCCUGUAGAAACCUUCUUUUCCGAAGGACUUCGAAGUGUAUGUGCUGGUUGGCAGCACAGUGCUGCUCUAACAGUCGCGGGUGAAAUUUUGACUUGGGGUAGAUCCACAUCCGGUCAACUGGGGGCUGAAAGAGAAGUAAUGCACGAGCCAGAAAAAGUACCUACUCUGAGCAACGUCGAGCAACUGAGCUGUGGAGUCGCCCAUAAUUUGGCAUUGACACGAGACAACAAACUUUAUUCUUGGGGUUGGAACGAGCUUGGUAGCUGUGGUACUGGGGAUAUAAAGGACGUAUUAUUCCCUGUUCAAAUUUUAAAGAAAAGAAAAGUCAGAUACUGUGUAGCUUCUUAUGGUAGCUCUUUUGCAGUUAUUGAAUAGUAGUUGUAGGAAAU